UGUACAUGUAUUGUGUUUGCUGCACCUAUUUGUCUUCUGCUGUGUAAACUGGAAGUUUGUAGUUUGGAACUACGCGCUUUUUGAUGAAGCCUCAUGCGGAGGAAAAAGCCGGAAAAACGUUUGACAUCUUCACUGCUAAAUCCUACAAGUCACAGGUGGUAGCUGGGACAAACUAUUUCAGCACGUUCGCCUCACACCUCCAGGGUUGGGGGUUCCAUUCCUGCAGCUGCCCUGUGUGUGUGGAGUUUGCAUGUUCUCCCCAGGGGUUUCUUCCGGGUACUCCGGUUUCUUCCCUCAGUCCAAAGACAUGCAUGAUGAAGCCUCAUGUGGAACAAAAAGCAGGAAGAACAUUUGACGUCUUCACUGCUAAAUCCUUCAAGACACAGUUGGUAGCUGGGACGAACUAUUUCAUCAAGGUCCAUGUGGGUGGCGAGGACUUUGUUCACCUGCGUGUCUAUAAGAUGCUGCCAUGUGAUGGAGAAAAACUGGAACUUACUGAAAUUCAGACAGCCAAAGCCCAGCAGGACCCCAUCGAAUACUUCUGAACAUAUUCUCCAUUAUGAAAGACACCAUAGACACUGCACUAACACUCUGUGUGAAUUUGUAUUACAUUUGGAAUGUCACAGGGUUAACCCUGAGUGUCAUUAAUCACAACAUCUUUGUUCUGUUUUCAUUUCUGAACUGAAAAAACGAGAUACUUCUUCAUUUAAUAAAAAGACAGUGAUAAAUAGCA